AUGUUAAAACUAUUCAUAUUCGUUGCUGUCGUUGGUUAUGUUGGAGCCAUCAGUUCAGUACUAGGAGGGAUUCCUGUACCUGGUAGACGAGUGCCCAUUCUUCGUUUGUUUGAGAACUAUGCAGCUUCUUGUCGGCCAAUUCGAAAACGAGAUUUUCGUAUGGACCAACUUGCAGAAAUUAUGCAAUCAUUAAAUGCUGAAGAAGUAGCUCAAAAACUGUAUAACGCAAUUUUCUUCGCCAUGGUUGACAUACAAAUUGAGCGCAUCAUGGGCAAAUGGUAUCGCGUUGUUGACUCUAAAAAUAUCCACAAAGAUGAUUGUGCUGUCUUUUACUUCGAAUCGUUGGGAAAGAAUGAAUUUACAUCAACCUUCACAUCAACACAGUACGUUCUCAAGAAUGAUGACGUCGUGUCUUAUGUUGGCUUUGGACGUAUGAUGGGGCCAGAUCCUGGUGAAGUUCUCAUCUCAACGGGACACCCUGAAGACCCAUGUCCAUUCUUCCCUGUUAUGGUUGGUGGAGUGAACAGUCAGGGACAAUACGAGUUUAUGAUAUUGAGUACACCAGUCAAAUAUCCCACAAUGGUGUUGACACGUGAUCAGAAUGUUUAUAACAAGAAGUAUAAGGGACAAGUUCAGCAGCUUUUGGAGAAACACGGAUUUGUUUCUCCUGUUGCUGCUUUGAAUACUCGUCUUCAUUUCGUGAAUACAACCAUGUGUGCUCGAAAGAGCUCAUACUAUGAUCGUCCUUUUUAA